AUAUCUCCAGCCACCCUUCUUUGCUAUAUUUCUAAUCCCAAACACAUUAAUUUACCAUCAAAUUAGAUGGAUAAAAAAACAAAGGGUUGUUGUUAUUCAAACUCCCUCUGUAAUAAUUAAAACCUAAAAAAAAAAACUCUAAUAAUGGAGACAGACUAUCAUCCAGCAGUAGAUGAAGCAAUAGCAGAACAGGCACCUCAAAUUCCAAGGAAUAAGAAGAAGAAUAAGCUGAAGAAGAAGAGGAGGUUUAGUGAUGAGCAAAUCAGGUUACUGGAGUCGAUAUUCGAAUCGGAGACGAAGCUCGAACCGAGAAAGAAGAUGCAACUGGCGAGGAAGCUAGGCCUUCAGCCUCGCCAAGUAGCUAUAUGGUUCCAAAACAAAAGAGCCAGAUGGAAGUCCAAACAAAUAGAACAAGACUACAAUACACUCAAAGCUAAUUAUGACAACUUGGAGUCAAGAUUCGAGUCCUUGAAGAAAGAGAAACAGUCCUUGAUUUUACAGAUUCAGAAGUUGAGCCAACUGCUGGAGGAACAUCGUAAGGGCCGCAAGGGUCUUGAUGGAAGCAGCACGGAUGGUGGUGGUGGUGGUGGUGGUUCAGAAUAUGGAGAAAUCAAGUGCGAGACUGAAGCUGAAGGGCAACCAAGUUUCCAACACAAGGAAUGCCUCGGGUUACAAACUGAAAACGAGAGAGAUGAUGUAAAGCAAACAGGGCAGGGCGGAGAAGAAUUUCUAAUAAUGGAUGAGUAUAGAAACGACUCCCCAGCUUCACCUGACAAAUUUUAUGGGCUUCAUUCGGCUGACAUGUUCGAUCAUUCAUAUACCAAUUCUCAGUGGUUAAACUUUUGGACUUGACACCUCCUUCCCUUCAACAAUAUUUUCAACGUCUGCCAGGAAACUCUGAACCUGGGGCUACCUUACGGCUUACGUGAAACAUCAAUCAAGAUAAAGCUGAGACCUGGAAGACAUGGAAAGUAACCACUGAUAAAUUGUUGACAAGUGGUAUAAGUGUGGGUCAUGGACUAAUCUCUCCAUUAAUUUGCUAGAACAUGUAGAAGCAAAGAGUGCAAGGCGAUGGCAACUGGUUGACACAGAUUUCUCAAUUUAAAUUUUUAGGUUUCUUAUUUUUUUUUCCCUUUUAUUGUGGUAAUAUAUCAAUGUAUAAUGUUGGAUAUGAGGUUCGUAUAAAUUUACACUUCAAUAUUAGUAGUCAUUA